AUGGGUGUGGUUCAAGACUUGGUGGUCUCUUUGAAGUCUCUUGUAGACUCCCCCCUCCUGUUAUGUGGCAUUGCCACGAUUCUUUCCCUAGUAUACUUCCUGGCUCUCGGGCUGUAUCGCAUCACCCUCCAUCCGCUCGCCAAGUUCCCGGGCCCCAAACUCGCUGCCUUCACCCAAUGGUAUGAGACAUAUUUCGAAGUGUUCAAGUCUCCGGGAGGACAGUUUCUGUUCCAUUACCGCAAGCUUCACGAGCAGUAUGGACCCAUCAUACGAAUCAGCCCGAAUGAAAUUCACAUCCAGGAUUCUUUUUUCUUCGAGGAUCUCUACUCCCAAUCUUUGCCGUGGGACAAACUCGAGCACUGGCAGCAUCGGUUCGGUAAUGAUACUGGGCUCUUUCCAACCCCCAAGCACCAUGUGCACCACGGCCGACGGGCUGCUCUAAAUGCGUUCUUCUCGAAGCGCACCAUCACCGAGGCCACACCCAUGAUGCAGGAGCAGCUGGACAAACUUUGUGACCGGCUCCGCCGGGAGUAUCAGGGCACAGGAAAGGUUCUGCGGUUUGACUGGAUGUGGGGAUGCAUUGCGUCCGACAUCAUCGUCCAAUACUGCUUUAACCGGGGGUACCAGUUCAUUGAAGCCCCCGACUUCCGCUCGCAGUUUAUCCAGGCCAUGGUUGAUCUGCUGGAUGUGGUUCACGUGGUCGCGCAUUUCCCUUGGGUGUCCACCCUCAUGAAUGCGCUUCCGGAAAAGGUGGUCGAGGUGUUCCGACCGGGCAUGAAGUCGGUGAACCAUUACAACCAUGAAAUGUCCAGCCAGAUCGCGGAGAUUCUCGCCAUCAAAGCCCAGGGCAAGACGCGGGAAGCCGAUCGGAACACGGUGUUUGCCGCGUUGCUGGACUCGGACCUGCCGCCCGAAGACAAGACCCUGCGGCGACUGCAUCAUGAGGCUUUCACUGUCAUUGGAGCCGGGUUCGACACCACCCGAUUCGCGAUGACCGUCGCCAGCUACCACAUUCUGAGCACGCCUUCAGUCUAUCACCGCCUUCGCGAGGAGCUGAAGGCUGCGAUUCCCGAUCCCACGAACAUGCCGCCUUUGCAGGAGCUUGAGAAACUCCCGUACCUGACGGGAUGUAUCCAGGAGGGCAUCCGUUUGUCUUACGGUGUUGUACAACGCGGUCCACGCAUCUCGGACAAAUUCACGCUCAGCUUCAAGUCGUGGGUAAUCCCCAAGAACACCGCCAUCAGCAUGGACAUCUACUCCGUGCACCACGACGAGGCGAUCUUCCCAGACUCCUUCACCUACAAGCCGGAGCGGUGGCUCGGGGACCCGGUGGCGCCCGACGGCCGCAAAUUGUCACGCUACAUGGUGGCCUUUGGUCGCGGCACUCGGUCGUGCCUGGGCAUCAAUCUCGCGUACGCGGAGAUGUACAUUGCGCUGGCGAACAUCUACCGCCGGUUCGAGUUUGAGCUGUAUGAGACGGGGCGCGAGUCGGUGGAACUCUACCGCGACAUGUUCCUGCCGCACGUGCGGCCGGACACGCAGGGGGUGCGGGUGAAGGUGCUCUAG